CUUUCUCUUGACUUUUACGCCUUUCAUUUCCCUCAUUACUGUCACCAUUUCACGAAUCAUCAAUACUCGUUAUUUGCAGCAGAAGGUCACGAUACGACAUCUUUACCAUCUAUAUCUGGUAUUCAAAUGCCGUCACCAAUUAGUGAGAUCGGUUCACAGUCUUCACUCAGCUCAGGUGAAAACAGAAAGCGAAGACAACGAAGAUAUCGUACAACGUUCGCCACCUACCAGCUCGAAGAGCUUGAAAAAGCUUUUACUUUAACUCACUACCCAGACGCAGCUUUUCGAGCAGAAUUGGGAAGGCGAUGCGGACUGACUGAAUCAAGAGUUCAGGUUUGGUUUCAAAAUCGACGAGCAAGGUGGCGUAAGCAACAGCGUAGUGUUGGAAGUCAAUUUCGUACCGUGCAGACAAAUCCUUAUUGCAUUUUAGCAGCCUGUGGAAAAGAACCGCCCAGUGCUUACAGUGACGACACAGGAGGUGUGGAGAAGGCGAGUCCUCCAACACCAUCUAUAAGUCCUAUACAGCUACAACCAGGAAAUACAGCGUUUUUGGUCCCAGCAACAACUCCUGUUUCUGCUGAGGCUUCUCUUGCGCUGUACCAACGCCAGCUUGCCGUUUUACAGCAAUUUCAUCAUCUAGUUCCGGUGAAUACUAGUUUGCCAUCAAUGAUUUCGCCUUCUGCCUUUCUUUCUGGUUAA